UCCAAGAUGUCAGCGCCCUUGCGGCAUGCGACUUUCUCAUUAAUGUCAUACAGUAGAUACCGUUGUAUAAAAACUGCCACUUUAGAAAGACAAACUAAUUUAUGUUUUUGGAAUACAAAUCUUCCAUCUUUAGAUUUAUCAUGUUAUCUCAUGUCUUAUCGAUUUUAUUGCCAGUGUUAUCGUUAUUUACGAAGAUCCAGCAAAAUAAACAAAUCGAAAGUAGCACUAUUACCUAGAAACAACAGAAAUAAUUUAUCAACAGAUGCAUGUACUCCAAGAUAUGUACUUGGUAUUGAAACAAGUUGUGACGAUACUGGUGCUGCAGUGGUUGAUUACCAUGGAAAUAUUAUUGGAGAAGCACUGAACUCUCAAACACGAAUACAUGUGGAGAUGGGAGGAAUAAUUCCUAUCAUUGCCAGGGACUUACAUAAACAAAAUAUUGCUAAUGUUGUGGAUGAAGCGAUAAAAAAUGCUAAAUUAUCAAAUCAGGAUAUAGAAGCAAUUGCUGUUACAACAGAACCAGGAUUGGCUUUAUCACUGUUUAUAGGAGUCAAUCAUGCCAAAAUGUUAGCAAGCAAAUACAGGAAACCUGUUAUUCCUAUUCACCAUAUGGAGGCACAUGCUUUAACAGUUAGAAUGGUAGAAAGAGUAGAGUUUCCAUAUCUAGUUUUACUCGUGAGUGGUGGCCAUUGUUUAUUGGCAUUAGCACAGGAUGUCAACAAGUUCCUGUUGCUUGGACGAGGCUUAGAUGAUUCACCUGGAGAUGCCUUUGACAAGACAGCACGACAAAUGAAACUGAAGAAUUUAAAAGAAUGUGCUGGUCUUAGUGGUGGAGAAGCUGUAGAAUUAAUGGCUAAAACUGGAAAUCCCAAAUCAUUUCAAUUCCCUGGAGUAUUGUCACAAAACAGAGAUUGUAACUUUUCCUUUUCUGGUCUCAAAUUUCAUGCCAAAAAUCUAAUUUUCCAAGAAGAAUUAAAACAAGGUAUUGAUGGAGGGAAUGUUCUUCCCAAUGCUGGAGAUAUAUGUGCUUCAUUUCAAGAUGGCAUUGUAAAGCAUUUGCUACAUCGCAUACGUCGUGGUUUGUUGUAUUCUGAACUGAAACAGCUAUUACCUGCAGAAAAUAAAACUCUGGUUUUGUCUGGUGGUGUAGCUAGUAAUAUGUAUAUAAGACAAGAAAUAGAAAACUUAUGUCAACAUUUUAAUUGUCGGUUGGUUUGCCCACCACCAAAACUUUGUACAGAUAAUGGCGUAAUGAUUGCUUGGAAUGGUAUUGAAAAAUUAAAGAGGGAAAUAGACUUGGUACAGGUGAAUGACUUUGAUGAGAUUGAUCUUAAGCCAAGGUCACCAUUAGGUAUUGAUAUGACAGAAGAUGUUAUACGAGCAAAUAUCAAAGUACGAGGAAAACUACCUGUCUGAUUGAUUUGGUGCAGUUUACAAUAUAUUGACCUGUAAUAAUAAUCACCUUUGAUCUUGUUGUUGUCCUGUAUGGUUUUAGAUUUGUUGUUAUUACUUGUCUUUGUGUAUUUGAGGCAAUUGGAUGGCUGAAUGAUUAGCAUGUGCGCGCUGUAUCAUAAGGUCUGUCAUUGAGUCAACUGGCGUAGUUUCGAUUACCCGGUUGUACGUGACAAGGAGUAGGGUCACCUGUCCAACCCCGCGGGUUUUCUCUGGGUCCUAUGGUUUCCUCCCACUGCUAAAGACCCCUACGCAAGACCCCUACGCGCAAGCAAAUUAUUGAAAUAAAAUUGAACCAUAUGUUAGUCGCGAAAUGACCUAGUUUGUGCUGAGUGGACGUUAAACCCCAUCUCCAUCUCUCUCUUUCUCUCUCUCUCUCUCUCUCUCUCUAUUAUACACCUUGUCCAUCUUUGCUUUAUAAAUGUUUAUAAAAUUGUUCAAGGGCUUUAAUAAAAUGUUA